AUGAGAGCGUCUCUCAGGCUCUUGAAAGCUCCAAAUCAGAACAUAAAAUCGCCAAAGUUAUGGCAAGAUCCAGUCCUCGGAUACUGGGAGUCUCACGGUAAAAUGGAAUUUAAGCCCGGAGAGGAAUACAAUCUUACUGACGCUGAGAAAAAAGCCGUUCUUUGGCGUUACAGAGUGAAAGAGAUUCUGAAGAAAGAAUACCUAAGAAGAGAGUAUGACCCCUAUAACUACAAGUACAAGGUACUACAUCACCUCUUUAGGUUUUUCAAUAAGAUUGGUUUGUAAUAAGUGAUAUUCUUUUAGGAGGGUAUUGUCGUUUGUCCAUCGAUGUUUAGAUGGUAUUCGGCUGAUAUGACACAAGCAGAAUUCUUCCAUAAUAGCCCUAAGAGUGUGCUUCUCUAUGUUGGUGGUUUCUUACUUGGAUUCUACUUGUUUUUCCGGAUGUGUCAUAUGCAACAUGUAAGUCGAAAUAUUUUUUUUCAUUUUGGUUUUAGGAAAAGAAUAACGAGAAAUGCUUUGAUGGAGAGACGUUGUGGUGGGAUCGUCAACAAGCCCGAAGAUUGUUUGCUGCCGGAGAUGGAGAUAUUGGCCAAAACGGCACCAUGAUUUGA